CAGCCGGACCGGAGGCCACGGCAGGGACCGGAAGCAGCCGCCUGGCAGCUGAUGUUUUGGGUUUUUCUCCCGGAUGUCGAUUCGAUCACCAGAGAAAACGCCGAGAGUUUGUUUAGGUGGAAAAACCAGCCAUGGCAACAACUGACGUGUUGGUGGAUUUACAAGAUGACCUGGUGUCAGACGAUACUUCCAAGGCACUUGGACAGCUCAAACUCUCUCCACUGGAUGAAAAGACCUGGCCUACAGAGUGUGAUGGCGAGUUACAGCCAGUUUCAGAGCAGUCUUCUGCAAGGAAAGAUGGCAAAGAGGGAGAGCUGCCAUAUUCAGCAGACAAUGAGACCUUGCCUGAAGUUGUUGAUACUCCCCCUGAUCUGAAGUGGGACGAUCCAUACUAUGAUAUUGCAAGACGCCAAAUUGUGGAAGUAGCAGGGGAUGAUAACUUUGGCAGGAAGGUGAUAGUGGUCAGUGCCUGUCGGAUGCCUCCCAGUCACCAGUUGGACCAUACCCAACUGCUUAAAUACCUGAAGCACACGCUGGACAAGUAUGUAGAGAGUGACUACUCAGUUGUGUACUUCCACUAUGGACUCAACAGUCAGAAUAAACCUUCGUUUGCUUGGUUACUGGAAGCCUACAAGGAAUUUGACAGAAAAUACAAGAAGAACAUCAAGGCUCUGUACAUCGUCCACCCUACCAGGUUCAUCAAAGCACUCUUGGUUGUCUUUAAACCAAUAAUCAGCAUGAAGUUUGGGCGGAAAAUCUUGUAUGUGAAUCAUUUGGGGGAACUUGAGCAGUACCUAAAGUGCGAGCGAAUGGUGAUUCCACAGUGUGUGAAAAGAUUUGAUGAGCGUAUUCAGGCAGCACAGAGACUCAAGCCACAAGAACCUAAAAAGCAGUUACCUCAUCAACAGUUUGGAAUCCCUCUUCAAGAGCUCAGAGAAAAGGACCCUGAACACAAAGCCAUCCCGCUAGUAAUGGAACAGACUUCCGCUUACAUCAGAAAGCAUGGUUUGAACAAGGAAGGGAUAUUCCGGAGGUCGGCUAACAUGUACCUGGUAAAGGAAGUACUGGAAAAGUACAACAAUGGAGUUCUCGUGGAUUUUGAAACCUACAAUGAUGUUCAUCUGGCAGCAGUUAUGCUGAAGACUUUUCUUCGAGAAUUGCCUGAGCCUCUGCUGACUUACAAUCUAUAUAACAAAGUGGUCUCAUUGGGAAAAGUACCACAAAAUAAACAGAUAGAAGCGAUUGUUGAGAUGAUUCAGUUUCUCCCGGAGGAUAACUACACUGUGCUACAUUACUUGGUAGAGUUCCUGGGAGAGAUUGCUGACAACAGUGACCUGAAUAAAAUGACUGCAUCCAACUUGGCUCUGGUGUUUGGACCCGCUCUCUUAUGGGCAAAGGAUGCUGCAAUUUCACUCAAUGCCAUCAACCCCAUUAAUAACUUCACUCAAUUACUCUUCGAAAAUUAUAUUGAGAUCUUUCCAGCCAAAUAAGAUAAAGCUUUACCAUCUUAAACCACUGGAGUCAAAUCAGAUUGCCCUUCACUUUCUAAAUGUUUGUGGCAGCACACAGAAGAAAAGCCAACAAAUUACUGGGUGCACCCUUUUAGUUGAGGGGAUGAUUAGCACCUCAUAACGCUGCUUGGUCUAUUUGGUGGCUCUCUAUGGUUGUACAAGCGUCCAGGCUGGGGCUUUAAUCGUUUGAGUCUGGGCUGGAAUCCUUGACUCUUUGAUAAUUAUUGUAAUGGGAAUGAUGUUGGAGAACUACUUUGGUUUAAAUUCUGAACAUUUCCUGCUCUAUCCUUGUGCUUUUAGUGUGCUGAGAUCAAUCAUUCAAUCAAUUUAAACAUCUAAUUUUGGAAAAAAAAAUGCAGGAUUUACAAAAAACAAUUAUUGCUGGGAUAUUUCUAUGCUGGAUACACCUGAAACUGAAUAGUAUGAAUACAUUUUUGAUUCCAUUUUUAAACGAGGGAUUUUUUUUUUUUUGCAAAGGUGUUCAGUUUCAUGGUGUUGUGUACAACUUUAUCAAAAUUAAAAUUUCUGUACCUUUUUCAUGGAUCCUGUGCCAGUCUAAGAGAGCUGAAGGUGGGAGAGCAGGGUAUAUAUUUCAUUUGUUUAACUAGUCAGAACAAAUUGGGAAUUCAUUCUGAUGAAACAGCAUGUCAAAAUGGUGUUUGUUUAAUCAGCUUAGAAAUUUUUGAUGUUUAAGAACAUUAUGUUGCAAUUUUUGUUUUAAUGUUUUAAUAAGAGUUGUUUGAAGAGAGAGUUAUCUGUUGAGUGUCAGUGAUGGUAUCAUGGGAGCUAACUUGAUCAGAGAAAUAGUUCCUGAGGCUAGAAGUAGAUGAGCUGAUAACAAGCCAAUGCUGUCAUUAUCUUGAGAUGCUCCAGGUUGUCAUUCUCUGCAAACUAAGCAAAUAUUUUGUCAGACCUGUGGGGAUUCUGUACUGUAAGAGUCGUCUCAGGAAACAGUGUGCUCAACUGCCAUUCCAUUGUUAAUCUUCUCCUGACUGACAUUCCACAAUCAAAUAUAGAGGCCAACAUAAUUCCUCUUGUUCAAAGGGAUGAAAUUGGGUUCUGCAUUUAACUGUGGAUUUGGUGAUAACUGAUUGGCAAUUUCACAUUGAUAGAGUCAUGAUUUGGAGAUGCCGGAGUUGGACUGGGGAGGGCAAAGUUAAAAAUCACACACAACACCAGGUUAUA